UAUUACCUAUGAAUAACCGAAUUUAUCGAUCUCCAUAUCCCAAGUUGGUCACACAUCCAUCAAAGGCGGUUAUCGAAAAUCAGUUCCAUUAUAUAACACCCUAUAUCAACCCCGUCCAAAAUGAAUUCAAUCAGUGCCAAAGAAUUCUUGAUCACCACCGUUCUGGUUAGUGCUUUUGUUGGCUUCUCCUAUGGGAUCGAUUGUUAUUACUGUGAUCCAACAGAUAAAGGUUGUGAUGAUCCAAUUGCAGCAGGAAAAGGAUAUCCCAAUUGCGACGGUUUAACUGGGAACAAUAAUCCUAUGACCAGAGUUCUCGAUCAAGAAAGAGAAAGGGUGGAGAACAAAACUCAAAUAUCAUAUAUUUGCGGUGCUGUUAAAGUCUCAAAUAAGCAAAAUAAAACAUUCGAGGGAAUCUACAGGACGUGCUUGCUAAACACAACAACAGCCGACCAUUGUAAAAUCCUGAAGAACGAAUUCGAAAAUGAGAAGUUUGGGCAAGUUGUCGAGUGCUUGACAUGCGACGAAGCAUUGUGCAAUAGCUGGACCUUGGACAACUUCAAAAAUUCAAGUCCGGAAAGUUUCACAUCAGUUCUGCUCUACACUUUCCUGAGCUGCUUCUUUGUGGUUUAUGUGAUCUGAUUUCGAAUAAACCUUUUGAACUGUCGAACUCUUAUUGUAAGUCGAGAAGGAAAGACAUAAUUUUUUUAUAUUUUAUUAAAAAAAUCAUGCAUACAUAUUUUCAUAACAUACAAGUUUACAUUCAUUGUUUUCGAUAAAUAAACAGGGGAGUUCUCGAAA